GGUUGGGGAUGAGUGUGCAGCAGGUCGCGCUCGGACACUCACAGAGAGUCGCUGUUUCUCUUCUCCUCCUCACUCAGCCAUAUUGUUGUUGAUCGCAGCCGAGUGUCGCCGCACUGAAGUUGAGAAAAGAACAAACUUUCCAGGUUACUUCCGGUUCCGGCGGGAUUUUAUUCACUUUUCUUCUUCUUUAUAUCGCAGUGCGCGCGGCUGCUGGGCUUCCUGAGCGCGGUGAGGCGCUGAGUGACUUUAUCACUUGCUAGCAGAAAUGUUUCCUUCAUUCGGCUCGGGCUUUUCCCUCUAACAACUCCAGCCGCCGCAGGAUCAGCUAGUGAGCCAGCGACAGGACGACAAAACUCAGGUUUACUGCAAACUUAACAGGAGCCACCUGAAAUCUGGUUCCCCCCCAGUUAAAGCAGUGGUCAGACCAAGCAGGAAUAAAAUUCACCUGCCAGGAAAAACCACUGAAGUGGAAGGUAAACAGGACACGAGAGGUUACUGAAAGAUGGUGGAUCGCUUGGCAAAUAGCGAAGCGAACUCCAAGCGCAUUGCGGUUGUGGAGGGUUGCUUCGGCACAGCUGGCCAACCACUGGCCAUCCCAGGCCGUGUGCUCAUCGGGGAGGGCGUGCUCACUAAGCUGUGCCGCAAAAAGCCCAAGGCCCGCCAGUUUUUCCUCUUCAAUGACAUUUUGGUGUAUGGCAACAUUGUCAUCCAGAAGAAGAAGUACAACAAGCAGCACAUCAUCCCGCUGGAGAGCGUCACUAUCGACACGGUGGCUGACGAAGGCGAGCUGCGUAAUGGCUGGCUCAUCAAAACACCAACCAAGUCGUUUGCGGUGUACGCCGCCACAGCCACGGAGAAGUCCGAGUGGAUGAACCACAUCAACAAGUGUGUGUCAGACCUGCUGGAGAAAAGCGGCAAAUCGCCCACAGGCGAGCACGCAGCCGUAUGGGUGCCCGACUCGGAGGCGUCCGUGUGCAUGCGAUGCCAAAAGGUGAAGUUCACGCCGGUCAGCAGGCGCCACCACUGCAGGAAGUGUGGCUUCGUCGUGUGUGGCCCGUGCUCUGAGAAGAAGUUCUUGUUGCCCAGCCAAUCAUCCAAGCCUGUGCGUGUAUGCGAGUUCUGCUAUGAGCAGCUCUCCACAGGGGCGACUCUACCACCACGCUCGAACUCGUACAGCCGCAGCAACAUCUCUGAGGAUGAAGAUGAAGACGAUAGCAGUGACUGAGGGAAGGGAACCUUUUGCUUUUGCUAUUUUAGGAAUAUUAUCUUCAGUUCAGGUCCCAGUGCUUUAGUGUCUUGUUUUUCCUUAAAGGGUUUGAAAUGAGCAAACAUUCUGUGAAGGUUUAUGGUGACCUUUUUUUUUUUUUUUUUUUUUUUAAGCACAAUAUUAAUAAAUGGCCUAAUGAACUUACUCUGAAAGCACACACCCCGUAUGCAUAUAGAUGAAAUGCAGUACAAAUCCUGAGUUCCUGCUUUCACAAGAAAUAUUUCUUGCAGGUUCAUGUAGCCUUUUGCAGAUUCCAUUUGGCACAAGUGUAGGAAUUCUGACCAAUUCCACUCACUCCUGCACAAAAUUUGGAUCAAUCCUGUUUGCUCUUGGAGAAAGGUUGACCAAUCCCAGGAGUACAGUUUAGUUUGUACUCCGCCAUGAUAUUUUCUAAUGAAUUUAAUUGGUAGAUUUUCCCAAAAUAUAAACAAAAAAGUAAUCUGAACCCCAGCAACACUGGUCAGGAUAAAGCAAGCUGGGCGGAUGGAUGGCUGGAGCCCGUUUUACACCAGACACGUAAUCCUAUACCACUCUGCACCCAGUACGCUCCCAAGUUAAUCAGUGUUCUUUGUCCCAUGAGCUUCUUCAUAUCAGAUGAGAGUAAAAUGGCCCACGACUUUUUUUGCUCCAGUGAACACCUCUACAUGGAUGUGUAAAGACAGUAAGCUUAUUUCCUAAUUUCAAGCUCUAUGUACAGAUAAUUUUUAUUGUCUUGCCUUUUUUUUUUUUUUUUCCUUCCUCCUACUUUCUUUCCAGAUUACCGUUUUGUUUACCAGUGAAUCCUAGACUCUGCUCGGACACUGCUUUUUCCGUAGGAAAGCUUUCACUCGGCUGUUUCGGUGCUGACAGCAUUUUUCUAGCUCUACCCCUACCAGGACCUGUAUUUAUUACAGUGGGGAUAACGGAAGAAAUAAAGGAUGCAUAUUUUGAUAGGUUUAUAUGCGAAACUUUUAUGUAAAACUUCAUCUCCCUGUUAAUCCUUCAUAAUAGUAAUCUUUGCUAAUGACAAAUCAAAAAUGUUUGAGGUACAUGAAGUUCUUAAAUGUGUAUAUAAUGUGGUAAUAUAGAUAAUAAGACCCAAAAUAUAACCUCACAAAGGCCUUUAAUGCCACAGUGCCUUCUUAUAAAGUUUUCUUUUGAAAUUACUGAACCUAUUGAGGGGGGGGGAACAAAAUAUUCUAUUAGAGCCCUGGAAGGGACAGACAGAGAGAGCAAGCGACAUCAAAACCUUUUUUUCCCCAUUUAGGUCAAUGUACCUCUGGGUCAGUCGGGCUCCAUGGAAACCAUAAUAAUGGUGCAAGCACACCAAUGGAAGAGAGUCACAGAAUUUUGAGAUUGGCCUCUUAGUAUAAACUCAUUAAAUCCAUUUUGUAGAUGUUUGUAUGUGUAAUUUCACAGCAUUUGAGUUGAACAUUAAUGCGGCUGCUCCGUGGGUGUAACUGCAGUGACUUUCACGUACGAGAGAUGACGUGAUUGGUCACACAGAUACUGUACGUUCUGAUAAUGCAGUGCAAUUUUGAAUCUACUACAGCUUUCACUGGUGAAACCAUAGGAAACUCUAACACUUUGCUACAUCUUGCAAAACUCCAUCCAUCCAUCAUCUGUAGCCACUUCUCCUGUACAGGGCGGCAGGCAAGCUGGAGCCUAUCCCAGCUGACUACGGGCGAAAGGCGGGGUACACCCUGGACAAGUCGCCAGGUCAUCACAGGGCUGACACAU